GCUACCUGAGAGAAACUGCAAUCCUAAGACUUAACAGAAUCUAAAAAUGGUUACUCCUGGGACUUUCAACACUUGCCUGAAAUACGUUGUGUGUGAAAAGGUCUGGUAUCUUAUGAGGGAGAUUUUCACUGCUAGGCUCAGCAGGAGAGCAAGUGGCAGAGGCUGUGAACUUUCCUCCACUUGGAGGACAAAAUCACAAUUUCUAGUCAUCUUUCUGGUUUAUCAGCCAAGGGAAAUGAUUUGGGUUAGCCAGAAAGUCUUCCCAACCAGCCAUGGAGAGGGAGGAUUUCUAAAGGGAUGUCUUCCCAUCUCAAAGGAAGUAAAUCGCAAGAAGGAAAGUGAAGUGGAAGGGGCAUGUUGGGCUCCACUAAAUGGCGAUGGUCACCAUUUCACCAAAAUCAAUUACCUCUACACUUUUUAGUUUUCCAUUUGUAUUACAUAUGGUGUAUGGGUUUGAUGAGGUCAUGGUGUCAUGUAUUGGGAAUUGUUUCUGUGUAAAUCAUCAAGUGUAUGAAGAAACUAUGGGACUCUGAGCCUUGCUUUAGAGAAUAACAGUGGACAAAUGUGUACCAUAAAACUAGGUUUAACAUUCUGACUCAAGCGAAAGCUCUCAGAAUUUCACACUGUGAAUCCAUGUUUACAAACAUUACAGGUGGGCCCUCAGGCCUGGUUCUACCACAGCAAUGUCUUCCACUACUCAAACUCCACUGCUUACAUGAAACUGGUAAACUACUCUCUCCAUUUUUACCAUCCCUAACUGCUUUUUGCAGAGGCUGAGAGUCCCCCUUUUUUUCAUUUAGAUGUAACAAACCUAGUAGUUUAUUUUCAUCAAUUGUCUGUAUAUCUCUAUAUUUUAUCCAUGUACUCUUUUGAUGUAUAGAAGUAGUAUGAAACUCAUGGUUUCCUUGUGGUAAGUGAUUGUGAUGCUGCCACGGGAUUUGAGACACUGAUGAAUGGUGCUAUUUUGGACUUUAAAUAUGCUCCUUGGCAAGGUAGCUCUGAUGGAGUUAUUUUUUAUUUCCAUGUUCUGAGAAGGUGUUGGUACUUUGUUUUUCUGAAUGUUGUUCUUUAGACUGGACUGACUUGUUUACUUGUGUCUUCAGUGUGGCUUUCUUAUUCAGUGCCGUAGGUGAGUAACUACUUAUAGUGUACAAGUGAGGAACUGAUUCCCUGUCAGGGUCCACUCACAAUCUUGCAGUUACAGUGGGAGCAAUCACAAAACUGUAAUUUAUAUAAAAUCUCCUUUCUGACUCCAAUCCACCUAACGGAGAAAAACAAGCAAUAAUUUUUAAGCAACCUCUCAAAAUCUGUUUUGAUUUUUGUCAUUUUUAAAGGCCUUUUUGGAAGAGGAACAAGUUUUAAAGUCCUCUUCUAAUAUAUAAAAUAGGGGAUAUUGUAAGAAACAUACUGCAGACUUCUGAGAGGUGAAGUCCUAUAGGGGAAAAGAGUACAUUCCCACAGCACUGUCAACAUAAAAGGUUUACAUUUUUGUUCUUGCUCCCAGAUAUCUAUCAGUACAAAAAAACACAAAAUACAAAACUAAACAGUAUCAUCUACUCAUGGGAUGUUGUUGUGUUAGACACAGUCUGAAAGCCCACCUUGAUUUUUUAUAUAAUUCUGUCUUUCAGCUCUUCCUUUCACAGGGCAGGCCUUGUUCUGAACUGUUCUAGCUUCUGACUGUUAAAUACCAAUGCAUGCACUGCACUUCCUUGAUUUCUUUCCCUUCCUCUCCUUCUGUAUCUCUUUUCUUUUCCAAUAGAUUAGAUUCAUCUAUUGUGCUGUAUAUAGAGCAACAAAUAAUAUUCAGCAGUUGUGGCAUUUAUGUAUAGUUGCAGUUGUGUACUGCUGAAAAUGCAGGCUUUUGUAACGAUGUGAUCUUUAAUAACGCACUACAAGUACCCAAUGUAUUUUAGCUAUUUUAGUAGGAUUUGUUCAAUAAAUAUGCAAGCUCUAAUGGUAA